AUGCUCCGUUUUACAAACGUUGAUCACAAACCAAUACGACUUCCACCUAUUUAUGGUUAUCGCACUCAUCCAUUACUUCCACUUCGACAGGCCCUUGAUCCUGUUCUACCACACAUUGAUCAACUAGAUGAAUUCAUUCGAAUUGCAAAGACUGAAUGUCACUUUCCUUCAGAACAUGGUCUAACUCGUGAAGAAUCAGCAGCUAUCUAUAUAUAUACAAUGGAAUGGGGCGAACAAAGCCUUUAUCGAGUACUUAAUGGACUACUUCGAAUCAAAGACCGAACUGUUUUAGUACCAUGGCAUGGUUAUCUGAAACUAUUUGACAAUGCAUUGAAAAAACUACCAAGCCAUCAUGUAAGCUUAUGGCGUGGAGUGAAUGUGGAUAUCAGUAAAAACUUUAAGGAAGGUGAAGAACUAACUUGGUGGAAUAUUACUUCAAGCUCAACUUCAGUGAAAGUAGUGAAACAAUUUCUUGGGCAAGGAUGGGUGUGGGUGUGA